AUGAAUUAUCGACGUCAGACGAAGAACCCUGCUCGCAUUGGCCAUGAUCAAGAACAGAGCCGGUAUGAAGAGCCUAACAUCGCCCUCCCUCCGACUAUCAAUGCUGCCUACGAUUGGACCGGUGCAGAGGAUCCAGACAACCCUCGCAACUUCUCUGCCUCUUUGCGGAUAUUCAGUACCAUUGCCAUAACCAUGCUUGCCAUGAUUGGCACCAUAGCCGGAUCAAUGUAUGCGCCCGCGCAGGAUGUCGUCGCCUCCUACUUUCACUGCAGCCGGACUGUCGCUGUUCUACCCCUAUCACUCUACAACCUUGGUCUUGCCUUUGGGCCUAUGGUCGGCGCACCACUCUCGGAGACGUACGGCCGAAAAUCCGUGUUUCUGCUGUCAACUCCAGUAUUCGUACUAUUUUUGCUUGGCUCUGGCUUCAGCAAGUCGAUAGGCGGACUCACAACUUGCCGGUUCUUCGCUGGUGUGUUUGCCUCGCCCCUGAUCAACAAUGCGCCGGCAACGCUGCUCGACUUCACGCCACCGCGGUAUCGAGGUGUCAGUCUGGGAGGAUACUAUGCCGUGCCCUCCUUUGGAGCGGCUCUGGGCCCGUUGAUAGGAGGGUUUGUUCUCCUCGCCAAACCCUGGCAGUGGACGCAAUGGAUAUCUAUAUUUAUCACUGUGGCGUUUUAUAUCCCUGUAUGCUUCACUCGCGAGACGUACAAGAAGGUUAUUCUUAAGCGGCGGGCUACGCGUUUGGGACUACGAGACUCGGCGUCGCAGCGAACUUCGCCUGGACGAGCGUUUAGAUAUUUCUUCACGACCCUGAUUCAGAGGCCCUUGCACAUGCUGUUUACCGAGCCGAUUGUCACUCUGGUCAGUGUGUAUAACGGAUUCCUAUUCGGUCUGCUGUAUACAUUUGUCGUGUCUGUCCCGUGGAUAUUUCGGACCUACUAUGGAUGGUCGGUGGAUAGUGAGCCGCUGUCGUAUUUGGGGCUCAUGUGCGGCACGGCGCUUGCAGCGGUGCCCCUAGUUCUGAUUGAUCUUCAGUCUUAUCAGAAGCGUCUGUCUGAGUGGCAGCUUGGCCAUGAUGACGAUGAGCCGCUGCCGUCGGAGAAUAGGCUCAUGUCUGCUCUGAUUGGGAGCCUCCUGUUGCCGAUUUGUCUUUUUAUUGUUGGCUGGACGGUGCAUUUCCACGUCCACUGGAUUGUGCCUAUUAUUUUCCAAGGCCUCGUUAUGCUAUCCUCUCUGCUUGUUUAUGCAGGCGCCAAUCUCUUCAUGCUGGACGCCUAUGGCCCGUUGUAUGGAGCAUCGGCGUCUGGAGCCAUGAUGUUCAGCCGGUAUCUGCUCUCUGCCGCGUUUCCAUUGUUUGCGCUGCAAAUGUAUGAGCGCCUUGGCGCAGGGUGGGCUACAAGCAUUCUGGGAUUUGUGACGUUGGCCAUGGCACCGAUUCCGUGGAUUUUCAGGGCAUAUGGGGAGAAGUUGAGGGCGAGAAGUAAAUAUGAAAUGAGCACUUGA